AUGGCUCAAAACGGAAUCUCAAGGUGAGUUUUGAUAUAUUAUUUUCUGAUAGGACCUUUUUGGUUUGCUCUUUUUAUUAUUUCCUUGUAAUAAAAUGGAAUCAUUUUGUAUUUCCAAAAAUCACGUUCGCUCUAACCAUAAUAGAAUAAUAAAGAUAAGAAAUUCAGUAAUCAACUAAAAUUGAAAAAAUUGCAAACAAAGACUUAUUUUUUCUACGAAUUUUUCUUUAAUGCGACCACGUGUUGUGUCAAAGAAAAGAUAAGAAUUUUGCAAAGAAAACAGAAAUCAAGGAAUCAUUUUUUUACACAAAAAAAGUUGAGUAUUCUUAUUUAUAGCCACGGUACAACAUAUGAGAACAUUUUGGAAGCUGCUCAACGACCAACUCCACUUGUUCCAUUGAGAAAAUUGAAUGUCGAAUAUCAAAUUCAAAGUGAUAUUUGUAAGUUUAUUUUUCUUAUUGACCUUUUCGACCCUUAGCAAAUUUGUAAUUAGGAUUAACCUCUUUAAAAAAAAUGAAUUGUUAUUUUCACAAAAAAAUACUCGAAAAUAAACUUAUUCUAUUUUUAGAUGUGAAAUUGGAAUAUUUGAACGUUGCUGGAUCUUUGGAAGAUCGUGCUGCUAUCAAAGUUUUCGAAAUCGCUACAGAGCUUGGACUUGGAAGAGGAGAUGAAGCAUUUAUCACAGCUGGUGGUUCUACAGCUGUUUCAUAUGCCACAGUUGCGGCGGUCAAGGGAAUCAAAUUGACAAUUUAUACCCCAAAAAAUGGUACAGCAUUGGUUCAAACUAUUCUUGACACUAUUGGAACCAAGGUUUGUUUUCAUUUCCAUUGUUUUUUUUUGUUGACUAAUUAAUUUUUUAAUUUUCAGACAGUUGAACUUGCCGUUGAAAACUAUCAAGAAGCUCGAUUUCAAACCGAUGAUGCUGCUCAACAACAAAAUGUUUUGAGUUUGAAUAAAUUCACAUCAAAUGCUUCAUUCGCAGCUAAUAUGCUCAAAACAUCGUGUGAAAUUGAAAGAGCUGUUGCGAAAAAAUUGAUCGGGAAAGUUAACGCAGUUGUUCUUCCAUUGAAUACUGGAACUGCUGCAGCUGGAAUUGCUGCAUAUUAUCGAGGAAUUGGAGAACAUGGAGUUCGAGUUGUUGGAGUUACUUGCAAAAAUAAUACUAUUCCAGAAAUGGGAACCGAUUUGAAAGAAAACUUGUUGAAGGUUUGUCUGAAAAUCGGAAAAAAACUCAAAAUUACUCUAUUCAUUCUAGGAAUACAACGUUGAACAACAAGAAGUUAAUGAAGAAGAAGCUUAUAAAUUCACCAGACAUUUGAUCUCAACUGAAGGAAUUAUGGCUGGACCAUCAUCUGGAGCUGCAGUUUUGCAAGCUAUCAAACUUGCUAAAGAACUUCCAGCCGGUUCAACAAUUGUUGUAAUACUUAUGGAUGGAAUUCGAAAUUAUUUGAGACAUUUCCUUGAUGAUGAUUGGAUUCGUGAAAAUAAUCUCAAUAUUGUUCCAAGAAAAGAUGGACCACAACCAAACAGGUUCUUUUUUCAUUUUCAUCUUUCAUUUUUCUCAUUUCUAAUCGUUAUCAUGAUUAUUUCGAAAACAUCAAGGUCAUUUUAGCACUUUCGACCCCGCCGUUUUGAAAUACGAUCCAACUAAAUUGGCUGGCGAAUGGAAACAAGAUGAUAAUGGAAAAUGGACACAUUCUAGCGUCGAAUUCAACAAAUUUAAGUUAGUCUAGUUUAUCCAAGGGUUUGUUGUGAAAACAAAAAUUGAAUUUUCAGCCCAGAAAGACCAUUGGUUUUGGACACUGUUUUGGAUGCUAUCGGAAAAACCCCGUUAGUCAAACUUCAACACAUUCCAAAGAAACACGGAGUCAACUGCAAUGUUUGUGAGUAAAAAUAAAAAAUUAUGAUUGAUCCAGAUUUAGAAAAGUUAUCCAAAUUUCAGAGCAUUUUCAAAUUAAAAAAGUCUCUUAACCUUGCGGUUUCACUGUUCUGACUCAUGUCUGAAUAAAUUUUCAGAUGUCAAAUGCGAAUACUUGAACGCUGGCGGCUCAACAAAAGAUCGAAUUGCUCAAAGAAUGAUCGAAAUCGCUGAAAAGACUGGAAAACCAGGAAAAUUGGUUCCAGGUGUAACUGUUAUUGAACCAACAUCAGGAAAUACUGGAAUCGGACUUUCUCUUGCAUCAGCUGUCAAAGGAUACAAAUGUAUUAUUGUGAUGCCAAAGAAAAUGUCAAAAGAAAAAGCUUUGGCUAUGGAAUCACUCGGUUCAACAAUUAUCAGAACUCCAAAUGAGGCUGGAUUUGAUAGUCCACAUUCUCACAUUGGAGUUUCGCUUCGACUUCGCAGUGAAAUUCAAGACAGUGUCAUUCUUGAUCAAUAUUGUAAUCCUGGAAAUCCAUUGGCUCAUUAUGAACAAACUGCCGAAGAAAUUGUUUAUGAUAUGGGAGACAAAAAUAUUGAUCUUGUUGUGAGUACAACAGUCCUAAUGUGACAAAGAAAACUAACAAAGUUUUUUUAGGUUUUGACAGCCGGAACUGGUGGAACUGUCACUGGAAUUUCAAGAAAGAUUCAUGAAAAAGUUCCAGGUGUCAAAGUUUUGGGAGUAGAUCCACACGGAUCGAUUUUGGCAGGACCAAAUGAAACUGAUAUUGAAUUCUACGAAGUUGAAGGAAUCGGAUACGAUUUCUUGCCAGGAACUCUUGACACCAAAGUUGUUGAUGAUUGGGCAAAAUCACAUGACAAAGAAUCAUUCUUGAUGGCCAGAGAACUUAUCAGCACUGAAGGAAUUCUUUGUGGAGGAUCAGCUGGAUGUGCUGUUCAUUAUGCAUUGGAAGAAUGCAAAAAAUUGAAUCUUCCUGAUACAGCUAACGUUGUUGUUCUUUUGCCAGAUGGUAUCAGAAAUUACUUGUGAGUUUUUUUUUCUGCCUAGAUUUUUAUCAGAAUUUUAAAAUUUUUCCAGGACUAAAUUCCUCGAUGAAUCGUGGAUGAAUGAGAGACAUUUCUUGGAUGCCUAA